CUCGUGUUCCCUUUUUUCACUGACUGUAAUCUUCUGGCUCUGGUUGGAAAAUUCGCUGGUUGGAUGAUGGUAACAGCAUCCCCUCCUCCUCUUCCUUUUCCAAACGUUUCGAUUUAGUUGUAAAAUCUUCAAGCCACGCGAGACUGGGGCCUCGUUCUCGCCCGCUCACCUGGAAACUGCACGAGACCGCGUCGACAGGUGUGAAGCCGGACACGCGCCAUGGAUGAUUCAGGGAUCAUUCGGAGACGGAGGCUGCAGGAUCUACCUCUGCCCCGAAAAAGUAGCAGUUGCAGAACCAGCAACCGGAAAAGCCUCAUCCUGACCAGUACGUCGCCCACGCUGCCACGGCCGCACUCCCCACUGCCUGGACACAUAGGAAGCAGUCCAUUGGACAGCCCGCGCAACUUCUCACCAAGCGGACCUGCCCACUUCUCUUUCGCAUCUUCUCGAAGGGCUGAUGGUCGGAGAUGGUCUCUGGCCUCGCUGCCCUCCUCAGGAUAUGGUACCAAUACACCCAGUUCAACGUCAUCUAGCUCGUCCCAGGAGCGUCUGCACCAGCUGCCCUUCCAGCCAACCAUGGAUGAGCUGCACUUCCUGUCCAAGCACUUUGGCAGCACAGAGAGCAUCACAGACGACGACGGCGGGCGACGCUCGCCGCACGUCCGCCCUCGAUCCCGAAGCCUCAGCCCGGGGCGCUCUCCUUCCUGCUAUGACAAUGAAAUAGUGAUGAUGAACCAUGUCUACAAGGAGCGCUUCCCCAAGGCCACAGCUCAGAUGGAGGAGAGGCUGGCAGAGUUCAUCCAGAACUACUCCCCAGAGAGCGUCCUGCCACUGGCUGACGGGGUCCUCAGCUUCAUCCACCACCAGAUAGCUGAGCUGUCCAGAGACUGCCUGACCAAAUCCCGUGAGGGGCUCAUUACCAGCGUCUACUUCUGUGAACUGCAGGAAAACCUGGAGAAGCUGCUGCAUGACGCGUACGAGCGCUCGGAGAGUUCAGAGCUCACCUUUGUCAUCGAGCUUGUCAAAAAGCUCUUCAUCAUCAUAUCUCGUCCUGCCAGGCUGCUGGAGUGUUUGGAGUUCAACCCAGAGGAGUUUUACCAUCUGCUGGAAGCAGCAGAGGACCACGCCAAAGAGGGACAACUGAUGAAAGCAGACAUCCCUCGAUACAUCAUCAGUCAGCUGGGGCUGACCAGAGACCCACUGGAGGAAAUCGUGAGCCUGGACAGCUACGACAGCGAGGGUCCACACACUCCCGAGACCGACGACUCAGCAGAGGGAAAAGGGAGAUCCAUCAAGCCACCGAGUGAAGAGGACUUUCAGAGCAUCAAACUGAUCAGCAAUGGAGCUUAUGGCGCUGUCUACCUGGUGCGCCACAGGGAGACACGUCAGCGUUUCGCCAUGAAGAAGAUCAACAAGCAGAAUCUGAUACUGAGGAACCAGAUCCAGCAGGCGUUUGUGGAGAGAGACAUCCUCACCUUCGCCGAGAACCCUUUCGUCGUCUCCAUGUUCUGCUCCUUUGAGACGAGGCGACACCUCUGCAUGGUCAUGGAGUAUGUUGAAGGUGGAGACUGUGCCACUCUGUUGAAGAAUAUCGGCGCUCUGCCAGUGGAGCUGGCAAGGAUGUACUUUGCUGAGACUGUAUUAGCUCUGGAGUACCUGCACAACUACGGUAUCGUCCACAGAGACCUCAAGCCUGACAAUCUUCUGAUCACCUCCAUGGGCCACAUUAAGCUCACAGACUUUGGUUUGUCAAAAAUGGGUCUAAUGAGCCUCACCACCAAUCUGUAUGAAGGACACAUUGAGAAAGAUGCCAGAGAGUUUCUGGACAAGCAGGUCUGUGGUACUCCAGAGUACAUCGCUCCAGAGGUGAUUCUCCGUCAGGGCUACGGGAAGCCAGUGGAUUGGUGGGCCAUGGGCAUCAUCCUCUAUGAGUUCUUGGUGGGCUGCGUGCCUUUCUUUGGAGACACUCCUGAGGAGCUUUUUGGACAGGUCAUUACAGAUGAUAUAGUUUGGCCAGAUGGUGAUGAUGCCUUGCCUGCAGAUGCUCAGGCCCUCAUCUCUGCCUUGCUGCAGACAAACCCUCUUGUGAGGCUGGGCACAGGUGGAGCGUUUGAGGUGAAGCAGCACUCAUUCUUCACUGAGCUGGACUGGAACAGUUUACUGAGGCAGAAGGCAGAGUUCAUCCCUCACCUGGAGUCAGAGGAGGACACCAGCUAUUUUGAUACCCGCUCAGAUCGUUAUCACCACAUCAAUAAGUACGACGAGGAUGACACCAAUGAUGAUGAGCCGGUGGAGAUCAGACAGUUCUCUUCCUGCUCUCCUCGCUUCAGCAAGGUGUACAGCAGCAUGGAGCAUCUGUCUCAGCUGGAGCAGAAAGCUACGACCUCUGUGUCACGUCGGGAGCACAAGGGCCCAUGGGAGGACAAGGUCACCAAGAGAGAGAGCCUGGGCAGCUUCAGCAUGAGGGACAAGAGCUGGAGAACCGGAUCCCCAGAGAUGAAACGUCUGUCUUGUUCAGAGUCCCUCUACAUGGAAGGAGAUGCCAGCCCUCCUCUUGGUGCCCGGCGACGCUUCUCAGCACUGAUGGAUACACAUCGUUUUGCUUCGCCUCUAGAAGGUGAGCCGGACUUCCUGACCCGCCAGAACCCCAUGAAGAUCCGUGGAACUUCACUGGAUGGAACCCCUGUCCCCUCACCAAGCCUCCUGGAGCAGAGAACCAGUCUGAAGGAGAUCAAUGGAGCAGACAAAUCUCCUCGACCUGGAGAGACGCCAGGCGUCGCCACAGCCAUCACUACGUUAUCACCAGGUCCUGCAGCAGCCGGUCGGGACGUGAUGGCGCCUCUGUAUGACCCUCUGGGGCCUCGAGCCACAAAUGACCUUGUCCUCCGGAGGGCGCGCCACCAGCAUUUGUCUGGCGAUGGAGAGAAACGGAACUCCAGACCAGGCAACAAGGUCAUCAAGUCAGCCUCUGCCACAGCCCUGUCUGUUAUCAUACCAUCAGUGGAGCAGCACGGCGGCUUCUCUCCUCUGGCCAGCCCCAUGUCUCCUCACUCUUUCUCCUCCAACCCCUCGUCACGUGACUCUUCACCGAGCAGAGACUUUUGCCCAGCAGUCAGUGUGCUGCGCUCGCCCAUCACCAUCCAUCGCUCUGGAAAGAAGUACGGCUUCACUCUCAGAGCCAUCAGGGUCUACAUUGGAGACAGUGAUAUCUACAGUGUUCAUCAUAUUGUUUGGCAUGUGGAGGAUGGAGGUCCCGCCCAAGAAGCUGGACUGUGUGCCGGUGACCUCAUCACUCAUGUCAACGGGGAGCCUGUCCACGGUCUGGUCCACACUGAAGUGGUAGAGCUCAUCCUCAAGAGUGGCAACAAGGUGACGGUGACAACUACACCUUUUGAGAACACCUCCAUUAAAGUGGGCCCUGCUCGCAAGGCCAGCUACAAGUGUAAGAUGGCCCGACGACACAAGAGGACGAUGGGAAAAGACGGCCAGGACAGUAAGAAGCGUAGCUCCUUGUUCCGUAAGAUCACCAAGCAGUCCAACCUUCUCCAUACCAGCCGCAGUCUGUCCUCUUUGAAUCGCUCUCUGUCCUCCAGUGAGAGUCUUCCUGGCUCCCCGACUCACAGCCUGUCUGCAAGAUCCCCGACUCAGGGUUACCGCUCCACCCCUGAGCCGUCAUACCUGGGUGCUUCCUCCCAGAGCAGCUCUCCAGCCUCCAGCACUCCAAACUCUCCCGCUCCCUCUCAGCACAUGAGGCCUAGCUCGCUGCACGGCCUCUCCCCAAAACUGCACCGCCAGUAUCGCUCUGCCCGGUGUAAAUCUGCCGGUAACAUACCCCUCUCCCCGCUGGCCCACACACCCUCACCCACCCAGUCUUCUCCUCCACCCUUGCCCGGCCACACCGUCGGGAGCUCCAACACCACCCAGUCCUUCCCCGCCAAGCUCCACUCCUCGCCGCCGGUGGUCCGUCCCAGGCCCAAGAGUGCGGAGCCACCGCGAUCGCCUCUUCUCAAGCGGGUGCAGUCAGCAGAGAAACUGGGCUCACCGCUGACCCAGUCCAGCUCUACAGGAGGGCUUGGGGGGCCACUGAGGAAACAUAGCCUGGAGGUGCAGCACUCUGAGUACCGGAAGGAUGCCUUCCUCUGUGAGCUCGGGCUCCAGAGCCUGCUGGAGACAGAUGGAGAAAAUUUGCCUCCUAAUCCUCCGCCUCUACCCUCAUUGUCAUCCACUCCAGAGACUGGUGUGCUGAAGCCUGUGAGGAGACUGGGAAGACAGGAGUCACCACUUAGCAGGGAAACGCUGCUGGCUGGAAGGGAGAGGGAGGAGAGGGAGAGAGGACGGGAGAGGGAGAAAGAGAGGGAGGUAGAGGCUGGGACAAGUCGAGUCGGAGCAACUGGACCACAAUCAUCCUUAGUGAGAAAACCUCAAUCAAGUGAGCUGCCCUUGAACUCGCAAAGCUCGAGACUGGGUGCAGAAACCACUAAAGCUAUAACUCCGAGCACCCCUACCAAAACAGGAAGCUUAGGUGGUCAGAAGAGUCAGACAGACAUACCUCCAAAACAACUAGACCCCAAGGUGGGCAAAGGUUUGCUGUCAAACAGCAGAGAUCUCCAGGAGCAGCAGCUGGCAGGCAGACCUGAACCAAAGCAGGACAGAGACAACAGGAGUAGGUCCGGUUUACUUGGUGCUGCUUUUGGUAGGAGCUCAGCUUCUGCUGUGGACCAAACCAGUGGUAUCCCCACAGCAGUGGCAGGAGGUGCUUUAAGCAUGAGCAAAACUUUUAAACCAUCAGGUACAGGGGACAACCUGAGAAAGGCCGACAACAGUGACUCCAGGACUCCAGACCUCGGCUCCAAAAGCCCCAAACUGCCAACUCGGGUCCUCGCUCCGGUUGUUCCCCCACAUGGGCAGCCACUCUCACUGGGAAAGGUGAGGCAGGGACUCGGUCCAGUCAACUGCUACCGGGGAACCCUCGACUGGGAGGAUAAGUGUCGCCUGGAGGUGGUGGAGGAGCAUUCGCCCUCUCCCUCUCCCUCCCCGACCGCGGUAACCCCCUCCCUCUGCGGACCCUCCCUCUGUAAGUCAAGGCCUGUCUCCCCCGGCGACAAGACGAGCUUCGUCAGCCAGCUGACCACUGUGGCCAAAAACGUCCUUGGGCCAAUCAAGCUCGGCUCUCAGGAGGGGGCCAAGAGCAAAGACCAGCAAACUAAGGCAGCAGAGGAGAAGCAGGGUGGCGCAGCAGGGAAGUCUGACACUCCUGCUGGAGGUCGAGUGGUUGUUGGGGCUGCAGUAGUGACCCAAAGCCCUGCUGGUUCACCACUAGAUAAAGCUGCAAGAGGUAGCAGCCCGCCGAAAAUGUGACCCUGCAGGGUUC